AUGAAAGCUUAUGAUGGAAGCUCAGAUCCAAAGGAGUUUGUAACCGUUUUUCGGGCAGCGAUGUCAUUACGUGGAGAAUCAGACUCUUUGUUAUGUCGGACAUUUCCAGUUUUCCUAAGGAAGCAGGCGUUAGAAUGGUUUACGGGCCUGCCAGUCAAUUCCAUUGACAGUUGGUCUGAUUUAUCUCUUCGUUUCAUACAGCAGUUUGCUCAUUGUGGACCCCAACCAAAAACCACACACAAUUUAUGUGGAGUGAGACAGAAGCCAGGAGAAAAGGUCAGAGAAUAUUAUGAACGGUUUCAAGCAGAAGCUAGACAAGUCAAGGGGUUGGAGAAUCAGACGUAUUUGCUGUUGUUUACCACCAGGUUACAGCCUGGCGGGUUGGCGGAUUCUUUGGCGAAAAAAGGACCGGCUACAAAGGAAGAGUUGAUGGAAAGGAUUCAGAAGUAUAUUGAUUUGGAAGAAUUUAGAUCUUCUCAGAAGCAAAUUGAACAAGGGUUCAGAGAAGCUACAUUUAGGAGGCCGGACAAGCCUGCUGGAAGAGGACAGUUUGACGAAAGACGACCUCGGGUAGUAGGGGAAAGAUUUAGAGAAGCAUAUAAGAUAGACUUCACACCAUUAAAUACGUCCAGAGCCCAGAUAUUGAAGGAGGUAAUGUCUACAGAAAUGCGAAAUGUUCCACGGCCUCCGCUGAUUCGGUCGAGUUAUGCCCAGGCAGAUAAAACGAAAUGGUGUGAAUUUCAUCGGGGGUAUAGACAUUAUACGAAUGAUUGUUUUAACUUGCAGAAUGUUAUUGAAAGGUUGAUUCAAGAAGGGAAACUACAAAAAUAUGUAAGAAGAGGAGAAGGAAAUGGGUGUAAGGAAGAUAAGAUCCGGCGAUUCGACCGAAGUCGCAGCCCGCCUGGGGGAAGGAAUAGGGAGGCUAACAGAAAUCAAAAAGCAGAAAAUAAAUCAUCUCCGGGUCGAGUUCUGGUGGGGCAUAUUUGCACUAUAGCUGGAGGGCGAGCAGGAGGAGGAGAAUCUGGGAAUGCCCAGAAAAAGCACUUAAAGAUGUGUAUGGCCAUUUCAGAGAAACCGUGUUUUAAAGAAGAGUGA